ACCCAUGAUCGUUGAGUGACUUGAGAUGAUUUAUGAGAGUUUAAACCAACAAAUCCAUCGAAAUUUAUAUUAUUGAAAAUUGGUUGCAGUGUGUAUGAGACAGUUAAGAGCAUCUAGAUAUACACCUUACGGGAAUUCUAGCCACCCAAUGUUCAUUGCACCGAAACCACAACUAUACACGAUUUUGACACUCAGCGUAGUCGUUGGAGACCAUGACUCAAAUUUUCUAGCAGUUGGAGACCAUGACUCAAAUUUUCUGUGGUGAGCAGUGCUGGGAUCUUCCAUUGCCGCUCACUGCCUCCCUGCAGGGGAUUUAUGUGCUAGUUUCUGUUACCUGGGUGAGCUAAAUUUCGUCCUAAAACUCUACGCAAGAGCAGUUGAUGUUCAUUUUUCCAAGCUCAAAUACUACCAUAAUCGUCCUCCUCUCUCUCUCUCUCUCUCUCUCUCUCUCACGCACACACAAGCAUACACAGACGCACACAGACACAGAUUAUAAUGGUUAGUUCCAGUUCCUUCCUCACCUUUUCAUCAAUUCUUAUAAAUUUGGUUCUUUGCUUCGCCCCCACCACCUCCCAGACCGCCUUCUUUCGCCACUACUGCUUAGGAGCUAAUUACACCACUAACAGUAACAUCCAAUUUACAACAAACCUCAACCUUCUCCUCUCUACUCUAUCCUCUAACGCUUCUUCAUCCACCAAACAUGGAUUCUACAACUUCACCACCGGCCAGAAUCAAUAUAAAGUGUAUGGUCUCUUCCUCUGCAGAGGCGAUGUUACAACAGAGACCUGCCAGAAUUGCGUUGAGACAGCAAGCAAAGAGAUCAUACAACUCUGCCCAGUUAACAGAGAAGCCAUUAUUUGGUAUGAACAGUGUAUGUUAAGGUACUCUAAUCGGUCCAUAUUCUCAACCAUGGAAGUGGAACCAAGAAUUUUUCGCGCAUUUUUGUUCGAUAAUGCCUCCAACCCAGAUCAAUUUAAUCAGAUUCAGAGUGGUUUGAUGGACAAACUCAUCACAAGGGCCGUCCGGGGCCCUUCUUCCCCAGCCAUGUUUGCCAUCGGAGAUGAGAAAUUUAGUCUCUUUCAGAACAUAUAUGGGUUAGUUCAGUGCACGCCUGAUCUUUCUGAGACUGAUUGUUAUAAAUGCCUGAGAGGGGCUGUUUCUGCGAUACAGAAUCGGUACUAUGGGACGGUAACAGUGGCCUUAUAUCAACCCAGUUGUGUUGUAAGGCGCAGUGAUCUUCCUUUCUAUCAACUGAAGGCUAGUGCACCAGCUCCCGCCCCUCCUGUGCCUCCUCCUCCUCCUCCUCCUCACCCAUUAACAGAGGGCAUAGCUCCAGACAGUAAGCAUGGAAGGAGGAAUUCAUUUCAAACUGCUUUUGCAAUUGCUGUCCCCUUGGCUAUUGCAGUGAUAGUUCUUUCUAUCAUUUGCAUCUUUGUACAAAGGAGAAAGAAAAAGAAAAAAGCUAAUUUAAUGGAUGACAUUACAAGUGUGGAUUCCUUGCGAUUUGACUUCAUUACAAUAAAAACUGCAACCAACAACUUCUCUGAUGCAAAUAAGCUGGGUGCCGGUGGAUUUGGUGUUGUCUACAAGGGCAGGCUUUCAGAUGGACAAGAAAUAGCAGUGAAGAGGCUCUCUGGAAAUUCUUCCCAGGGUGAAGUGGAAUUCAAAAAUGAGGUUUCAUUAUUAACCACACUUCAGCAUAGAAAUCUUGUUGGACUGAUGGGUUUCUGCUUGGAAGGAGAAGAAAAGCAACUAAUCUAUGAGUUUGUCCCCAACGGAAGUCUUGAUUACUUUCUAUUUGAUCCAAGCAAGCGGGCAGAUGUGGAUUGGGGAAGGCGUUACAAAAUUAUAGAAGGGAUAGCUCGAGGGAUUCUUUAUCUUCAUGAAGAUUCUCAUAUUAGGAUUAUUCAUCGGGAUCUUAAACCAAGCAAUAUUUUACUUGAUGUGGACAUGAACCCUAAAAUUUCCGAUUUUGGUAUGGCAAGGCUAGUUAUGAUGGACCAAACUCUAGUCAAUACAGAGAAAGCUGUUGGUACUUAGUA